AUGCCUCAGGUAAAGCCCUACAACGGGACUACGGAUCUUCUUGACCACCUGGAAAGCUACCGAGCUUUCAUGACAUUGCAAGGGUCCUUGGAGGCCGUGCUAUAUAAGGCCUUCCCCGCAACACUCCAAGGGACAGCUCGGCUUUGGUUCUCCGGGUUGAAGCCGAGCACUGUGUCCUCCUUCGAACAGUUCGGCAGGCAGUUCGCCACCAACUUUGCCGCCAGCCAACGUCAGUGGCGUACGUCGGACUUCCUUCUCGACAUUAAGCAAAAAGAGGGAGAGUUCCUUAAAGACUACAUCGACCGCUUCACCGCCGCAACCUGGGAGGUUUGCGAGCUCGAUCAGUCGAUAGCUAUGUUGGCCCAAGCUCGGAAGUAUGCGAAGGCUGAGGAGGCUAUCGCCUCCAGGCGAAGUGCGACCGAACAGGCCUCGAAGAAGCAGAAAAGGCACCGCGAGGAGUGCGGCCGUCCGAGAAUUCGGUCCCCCCAUCGAGAGAAAAAUCUACCGCAUCUGAGGAGUCCACCUCGACAGCGGGCGCAGCCUCAACCGAGAUCCCCGCCUCGACUGAGGUCUCCACCUCGGCAGCAGAUCCCUCCGGAAAGGUACGAGAACUACACUCCACUCAACACACCCCGGGCGAAGAUUCUUAUGGAGAUAGAAGGUCGAAACUAUCUCUAA